UUCCUAUACUGUUUUCUGCAGUGAUCUCUUCAGUGCCCGAACGAGCUGAUUCGCAUCUUCUGCCGCCAAGGGUGUACCGCAAGCGAUGUGGCGCAAGCUGUGCGGUGCGAGCUAUCUGGUUUCUGACACUGGGGGGAUCGUCCAGUUUUGAACGGGUCGGCCGUUCCCGAAACGUCCGAUCGUUCAACAUCGAUCGACUCUGGGUCGCCGGCGAUGCUCAGCGUUGAGCGACCGGCGGCGGGGUCGCCGCCGGCCGGCACGACGCGAAACUGCCGCAAGCUAACUAUAUGCGGUGCGGCGACGACGGGCGCCCCCAGGUGGCGACCAGGGCGGGAAGGGCCGAUAUGGGAGGCCUGGUCCUUUUCAGCGAAAGGGGGAAGGAGGAGGGGGAGGAGGAGGAGGAGGAGGAGGAGGAGGAGGAGGAGGAGGGGGAGGGAGGAGGAGGGAGGAGGCGGAGCGUGAAGGAAGGAGUCCAGAUGCUAGCCACACUACCCUUCCUCCCUUCCCAGCCGCGCCUGCUCCACGAUGGAGUCGAGGGAGUCUCGGCACAACAAAUGCCUCUGACGCCUCCGCGUUGGGAGACGCGUGGCCAACCUCACGGCGUCUAUCAACUGGUCGGCUUGGGAGAGGGACAACGGAAGCGAACUCUGAUGGGAUGCUAAGCUAUGUGUGUGAGAGCACGCGACAACAAAGGCCAGGGAACCGCCUCGCAGACCAAGGAGGAAGGGAGGGUCCCCCGGGAGAAAUGAGCGCAGAGCCAUGGAGGCGACAUACUGCAACCUACGGUCCGCGUUGUGCCGGAGGCCGUCCGCUACGCGAUUGCGGACCUCCGGAAGGCCGUGUGCGACGCCGUGCUCGGAGCGAACGGGGGGCAGGAGGAGGCGCGGAACUUGAAGGAGGAGGGAGGAGGCGGAGCGUGAAGGAAGGAGUCCAGAUCCUAGCCACACUACCCUUCCUCCCUUCCCAGCCGCGCCUGCUCCACGAUGGAGUCGAGGGAGUCUCGGCACAACAAAUGCCUCUGACGCCUCCGCGUUGGGAGACGCGUGGCCAACCUCACGGCGUCUAUCAACUGGUCGGCUUGGGAGAGGGACAACGGAAGCGAACUCUGAUGGGACGCUAAGCUAUGUGUGUGAUAACACGCGACAACAAAGGCCAGGGAACCGCCUCGCAGACCAAGGAGGAAGAGAGGGUCCCCCGGGAGAAAUGAGCGCAGAGCCAUGGAGGCGACAUACUGCAACCUGCGGCAACUACAUAUAUAGUGAUUGGCGUUAUCUGGGUCAUCGCACCCGAAUAUACACUGAGCACCAAGCCGGGCCAUCCUGCGAUUUGUGACCCAUGACCCAAGCCACGAUCUGACAGCAAUCUGGGACCACGCGGGGGGGUCCAACUGCAGCAGCUCCAUCGUGGCAUCCUGUCCCUUCCCAAUCGAAGGAGGGAGCGAAGUGACGACGGACACGAACGAGGAUGCGAGCGGGGAGGGAGGGGGUCGGGUACAGGGCAGCCUGGAAACCAAGCUUAAACUUUUCCUCCCACCGCGGUCUCCCUCUCGCUUCUCGAACCGUGGGGUCCCGAAACACAUGCAGGGCAGCCACUCCGCCCUGAGUCAGAGCGCGUUGGAGGAGGCGAAAAGGAGGACGGGCGGAGAAAUCGAAGGAGGGAGGACGAGGAGGA